AAAAAAGAAAAAGAAAGAUCACUAGUCAUACGCGACGACUAUGAGCCAACUCUGAAGCUCCGGAAAAGCUAAUGUCAUCGACAAUGACAGACAGUUUCACGCCAGUCAACACCUCCACCCAAGUGGGCUGGCCUGCACCCAAGACAUUUAAACUCUCCACGCCCCCCAAAACGGACAUAUACGCUGCGCCGGCCCAUGGCUACGUAUGGACUGCGCCCAUUUUGUUUCGUAAAAUCGAUACUUCGUCGUUCACCAGAGCCCGCGUGACGCUGUCAUUCGUGUGGAAGACUGUGUACGACCAAGGCGGCAUGAUCCUGGCCUUCCCGACAAAGGAGAAUCCUAACCCGGACGCUAGCAACGCGAACCGCAAGGAGCUGCACCCGCAAUGGGUCAAGGCCGGUAUCGAGAUCAACGACGGCAAGCCGUGGGCAAGCACCGUCGCGAGGGAGAAUUGGGCGGACUGGAGCCUGUCUGCACCACCGGCUGGCGUUGUGCAGAAAGCAACGGAUGUCGGUGCAACUGAAGGGUUCGUGAAGGCAACCAUUGAGUUUGAGAGGCACAAGGGCGCGCUGUUCGUAUAUGUGCAAGGGCCUGGCGGAGAGGAUAGAAGCAUGAUUCGGGAGCCGCAGUGGGUAUUUUUGGACGAGAGAGGAGAAACAGAAGCGUGGUUAGGCGUGUAUUGUUGUUCGCCAGAUCCAAAGGGGGAACGAAAUGGGAUGCCGUUGGAAGUGACGUUUGAAGAUUUUGAGAUUGCAUGACAAGGAGCUAAAACUCAACAGUCCUGCAUGACAUCGUGAGUGUUACUCAUAUUGCGAGAGUUUUGGAUCAUAGUCGUCGCUAGAAUGUCAACCUUCAUUCUAUUCGACGAGCUCUUCGAGCAGUCCUUCCAGAUCAUCCUUCCUGAAU